CUGGCCCAUCGGGAGAUCGCCAUUCGAACCCCUGCUUCUCUCCCAGUCUACAAACUGUCUCCGACGAGAGCAUACCUCCUGGCGUCCACUGUUGGAAAGUGAAACGUGUUCGGACGCAAGCUCGACUCUGUGCAUCGCAAACUCCAGCCAUGAGAAGCCAGCCGCUGUUUGUCGCUUUCGUCAUCCUGCUUCUGCUGUUUAUCGACGCUGCCUUCGGAAUGGAAGACGUCCUGGGUCUGCUGAACGACCGAGUCGACUCCGUCACCAACAUGGCGCGCGCCUUCCUGGCCGUCUUCGUCGGCGCCUUCACCAUCAACGCGUGCGCCGUCAUCUUCAUUGUGUUCGGUGACGGUCGCUCGCGUCGGUUCCUGUUCCCCCUGGUGGUGGUCUACGCGGCCUUGUACCUGGUCUUCAGCGGGCUGGCGUACCUGUUCCUCGGACUAAGCGGCACCGUGGCCGGUCGCGUGCGCACGCUGGGUUCCAUCAUGGACAUCGCCUCAGUGACCGACAUCUCGGACUCUGCCUUCUCCUACAUCAAGGUGCACGAGCCGGAGUGCCGACUUCGCCUCGUGUGCGAGCUCUCCGAAAAAGCGAUCGAGCGCGACCACAUGUUCGCCCUGGUGCUUCGCGUCGUCAGCGUGCUGGGCAGCGCCGGCGGACCGUACGUUGAAGCGGUGCUCGGGGGUCUCAGCGGCCGUGGCUGUCACCUGCUGUUCUCGGAGUGCGAGUACUCGCCCUUAAGAAGAUCCCUGCCAUUCGUCGAGUAGCCCCCGAUGUAUAUACAUAAGUGUACGCAAUCGAUUAGUCAUAUUACCUAUUUAUUCGAAUAAACAAGCCCAGUG